AUGGAGAAGAACGACUGCGCCGAAAAUCAGCGAUGGAGGGCGAUCCACGGGAAAAGAACCGAGGAGCUCCUCAGAGGACCCGCUGCUGGGCUGCAGACAGACUGGGGACAUGACGCCAAAGAGACGCUAUGGGCUGUGGUCUACCAGUCAUCGUAUCAGACACCUUGCAAUGUUUGUGUUUGUCAGGUUGCCGAUCGUCUCCUUGGAAGAAUUGAUGAUGAGGUCGGGGCGGUUCCUACCUCUAAAAGGCUUGAACUGUUCCAAAGACGUAACUCUAGCACCCGAAUACAAGAUAUUAUAAACUGGACGGACAGGACCCAAGAAGAACCUGGAGUACUGAACGUAUCUGGCGAACGAGGGCUUUCAUUGGACAGUGCCAACUUCCGGUCUGUGCAAAGCCUGCGGCGCCAAAUAGCACCUUCUGGAGGGCAAUAUCUUGGAUCUAUCUUGGAACAUAGAUUCGCUAAUCCAGAAACUUCGUUUACAGAUGGAUGGAAGCCACAUUCUAGUGGCAAAACGCAGUCAACGUUUCCACGUGAUCAACACGGCAUGCAAAACAUCAUUCAACACUCAUAUGUGAAAGGGGAUCCUGUUGGUGGUACGCAGCACCGACUCUCCCAGGUUCACACUACAGAAAACCCAUGUCGCUGGGGUGUUGAUGUACUAAACUACCAGCUACCGGAGCCCCGAAAGCCAAGGGGUUUAGUCAAUGAGGAAAGCUUAGGGACAGGAUUGAUCCCAAAGUGGAAUUUCGAUGAUCCGUUGUGCCCAAGGAGAAAAACAACUAGCGUGAUGUGUCAGGUUUCUUGUCGGGGGCACCUUGAGCCCUCAACUCUGUGUCCCACCGAGAAUGCUUCUCAAAAGUUCGCCCAAGGGAAGAAGAAGAGCGAAAUGCAAGGAGAUAGCCUUGAUCAAACAUACACACCCUACAAGGAUGAAGGCUCUCGGUCUCUCCGAAAACCGAGUAUCAGGAGGCCCCCCUGCCACUUGCAAGGAAGUCUGGUGCCCUUUGAUGAGCCGGAAUUUAGUAGAAAGCGGUGCUACAAGCAGUGGCACAUGUGCAGUCUUCAGGUGAGCGUUAUGUCGUGGAGACUUAACCCCGCAUCAUUUCAACCAAGAUCAAGCAACGCGCCCUCAACCUGGAUCACUACGGAGCUCCCUACAAAGCGGCUCACUGAUGCCGCUCUAAAGUCCGAACAACGAGGCGGGUGUAGCAAGGCUCGUGGCGGUAAAGAAUCAAUUUCAACGCGUAACGAGGGAAUAGAUGGACCAUUUUCGGGGGCCAACUUCGUAGAACACUCCAGCCAUCGAUCUGCAGACACAGGGGGGCAACGUCACAGGUAUGCACAGGCUUAA